CUGCGGGGAACCCCCCUCGGCCGCUCACUCACCAGCUGGAACUCGCUCCUGCGGCGGUAGGCCUCCCGGAUGCCCGAGUCCCCCCAGAGGGCGCGCAGGGCGGGCACGUAGAGCUGGAAGGUGGCGGGCUCCACGGGCAGCCCCGCCUUGUUCUCGAAGGCCAUGAGGAACAUGCCGUGCUUCUCGUUCUCCGAGUGCUGCCAGGGGAUGCCCAGCUUGUCCCGCGCGUCCACGAGUACCUUGGAGCCCUGGGGACAGAGGAAAGGGCGAGUGAGCUGCAGAGGCCGGACCACGCGGAGCCGCCCAGCGACGACUGCGACAGCAGGACACCCCGCUGUCUGCCGUGCCACCCACACGGCCCUCACGGCCCGCGGGCUGUCGGGUCAGGCGCGGAUGCCGUAUUCCUGGGACACGACUGUGCCAUGCGGUUACACACCAGGCAGCAGCGUGGCCUUUGCUGCCCUCACCGGGGAGGUCCUGGGAGGACACGCCUGGGGGGAGACCUGGCCACCCCGAGCACAGCCAGCACUGAACGGGCCACGGCAGGAGGCGGCAGUGAGGGAACCACUCCAGCAUCACCAAACCCAGACCCACCGAACCCGCCUCAGCGGACGAGACUCCGCACCACACCCCGUUCCCGCGGUCCAGCUCCCGGUUAUCCGCGCGGGAGCCGAGCAUCCACACUGCCCCGGUGCUUCCUGCGGGGCGUCUGCUCACACUGCGCCCGCGCUCCCGGGUCAGCGAGAGCCUGGCCCCCGGGGUGUCACACCCACUGGCCGCGUGCGGAGCGGACAGUCCUACCGUCGCCAUCACGGCACAGAGCGCCACCAUGUGCGAGGCCACACAGCAGGCACGACAGAAAGACACCUGCCCCGCCACCUUCCGGCAGAAGACCCAUUUCCCACGCGAAAGCCCGAGUUCCCCCAGCCACACACUCACAGGAAGGAGAGAUGAAGGCGGAGACACCGACCGAGGCCCUGCUCCCAGCUCCGAGGCGAGGGCAGCAGGAAGUGCUGAGUGCGGUUCCCAUAACGGUGCGUGGCAUCCAGUCGCCCAAACACACCGGUGCAGCCUGAGCAGCUGACUUCACCUCCCUACCAUGUACCACUGCCCUGCUCAGAGAACACAUUUCUAUGACACUCUGUAAACCCAGGAUUUAAACCUCCAAAGAACAGAUUCCCUGUCUGCUGGGGAUGUAGAUGUGGGGGGUUUUUGGUUUUACUGGACGAACACCAAAAAUCGCAAACCCUGUUAUCUCAUCCCCAAACACAUUGUGUUAGUUUCACUCCUAAUCAAGCCACCUUCUCAGACCAGCCGUCCUUACCAGGCUCCCUCGGAAAGCGCUGUGGCCGACAUGUGGCGUGCGGGCGCCUGACGCCUUUCCUAGAGCCUGAAGGGACACCAGGAAAGGUCCGCGGUGUGUUCACCGCCGACAGCAGCGCCUGCGCUCGGAGAGCGGGUUUUGCUGGAGACCCGAGGCUGGUUGCGGGCCUCUGGCCACCGCCCAGAUGGAGACGUGCGCCAGGGAUGUAACAGGACGGUCCUGGGAGCCGGGAGCCGGCAAGGCGGCGGCGCCUCUUCAGUGCCUGACCCCGCGGGAGGCACCUUCCAACGUAGAGGCCGCACGAAACGCGAUGAAGGAGAGCAGCCCGCGGGCAAAGGGUCCCCGAGCUCGAUGGCAGUGCUGCUGGCCUCCUGGUGCAGCCCCCCCACCCCCAUUCCUCUCGGGAACAACGCCUCGUUCUGAUGGGCCGGCUGCUCCUCACCAGUCCCUCCUCUGGGAGCCGCCCACCUGCUCGGCCAGCCUCCCAGGCGCCCAGCAGCGGAGCGGAGUCCCUUCCUGAGAACGGCCGCUUCACCCUCAGGCAUGGGCCUGGGCACGUCAUGGGAAACAAAGGCUCAGAGGUCACGGACACGCCAUCUCCCGCAGGCCUUUCGAUUCUGACCAGGGCGUCCAGUGGGCAGAUGCAGGGACCCCAAAGGCCGUUUGAGAUGCUCCAGCCACACGGCACCGCCCACAGCUGCGCCCGCCCCGGAACAAGCCUGCCCAGAGCCCAGCAGCCACGGGCUCACUCCACCUCGGGGCACGUGGGGGCACAGUGCUGUGCCCACUUCACAGAGGAGACGGACCCAGCUCAGGAUCAGGGAUGCCAAUGCGAGUGCUUGUUUUAACCCAUAUUCUUCCUGCACCUCGGCGGGUGUGUCGGGGCGACGGGCAGGGGCAGGAGGGUGGCACGGACUUCAGAAGCAGAUCUGCACUGACCUGGGCGGACCCGGCAUUUCUGGUUCUCUGCUUGUUAAAAAGUUAACUAGAUCUAGAAGUAGGGACAUGCUGAACGCCUGGCGAACUCUGAGGAGAUGCGAUGAGUUCAGACCCGACUUUACAAACAGGGAACACCUUCACUCACACACCUAUCACAGCAGCGUGGCCGAGACCCCCGCCACCGGGCUGUGGGCAGUGGGACGCGGCCAGUCCGAACUGAGGUGUGUUAUAACACUCGCUGCAUUUCAAAGACUUCCCAUGAAAAAUAAAUGGAAAUACUUAAAAAUU